UUCUAUUUCACAUCAAGUCGAAACAAAAGUUGUGCUAUGUUAAAUAUUUUUGCGCUGGUAGACCACACUUGGGGUAAAAUAUUUCACAUCAUGAUCUCAAGGAUAAAAUCUUCAUGACUAGAAGUUCCUUGGUAUGUACCUAACAGAGCGUGACGUUCCAUCAGCGCUGCAGUGCGUUGCUAGCGGAGUGACGUAGCAGAUAUUUUUCAGCACACUCGCGAUUUCAACGUCGACAGCCCUUAGAAAUUUUGUUUCACACGCUUUUCAAAAAGGGCUACUUUGUUUCUCACGGCAAUGAUUUCACUUCAGAUAAACCACAGAUAAUAGAUACCACCGACAUUCGAGUACAUGCAAACAAAAUGUGUAGUUUUCACUUGUCACUUUCAGCUCUCGAACGAACGGAAUCACUCACUGGGUGAAGUUCAUUCAAGGGCGUUGGAGCGGAGGACUGGAACUACACCAAUUGUUUUUUUUUUUACAAGAAUACAUUUGACGAGUCUAGGCGAAUAACGUUUUGCAGUUUUUUUCUCUCACCAAACGAAGUUAUUCCGAUCUUUCACGAUGUCGAUUCUCGGGGAAUUUCUCCAGGGAAUAUCUAGUGCAACGAACUUUCCACCAGAUCAGGCCAAUUUUAUCUUUUGCAUGUUGUUGUGUGCACCUCUUGGGACGGCAUUUCGCUUGUUGUUGCAUCCGGAUCGUGUCUCGUCGAAUACAAGAAGGGCUGUAAGUCUUUUCUGGGGCAUAGCUCUUGCGUGGUUUUGUUUCAAAUGCACCUGUUUGCUUGAUGUUGUGUUAAUAUUGCAAACCUUAAUCUUGAUCAGUUUUAGCAGCAUAUGUUAUAUUCUCACAUGGCUUUUAAAUCCUGCAUCAGUUCACAAAUAUCUACUGGUUGUGUCAAUGGGUUUCAUGUCCAUUGCUCAUCUCUACAGACAAAUUACUGACUUUGGCGGAUACACUUUGGACUUCACGGGAAGGAGGAAAACGGCAGGACCCGAGAGAGAAACCUGCAGAGUGAGGACGAGAACCAACAAUAAAAUUCAACCCAGACCCCUGAUGGUUUUGGUACAAAGGAUCACUUAUGUGGCAUUCAGUGUACAUGAUGGGCUUGGAAGGGAUGAUAGCAAACUAACAGAAGAACAAAGGAAAUGUAGACUUCAGAAAGUUCCUUCUUUGUUGGAGUACUUUAGCUAUUUAUUUCACUACAGCACAAUACUUGUUGGACCGGUUUGCACCUUUAGAGACUUUAGUGAUUUUAUUGAUGGCUCAGACAUCAGAUCAAAGGAGCCAGGCCAGAAGGAGCCUUCACCUUUGUUUGCCGCACUUAGAAAUCUAAUGGUGUCGACGGUGUGUAUAGCCUUCGUAGUGAUGACUGGAUCCAAUUACCCCAUCACCAGGAAUGGAGAUCCGGAUUUCAUAAGGUCUAGUCCUCUAUUUUGGAGACUUCUUUAUGCCUGGAUCUCAAUAGUGUCUGUAAGAAUGCGUUACUACUUCGCGUUUAAACUUGCGGAGGCAAUGAAUAAUUUUUGUGGACUAGGAUUUAACGGUUUUGACGAGAAUGGAAGAGCGAAGUGGAACCGCAUCACUAAUGUGAAUAUUCUCAAGAUCGAGUUUGGGACCAGUCUGAAGGAAGUGCUAGACAACUGGAAUAUCGGUACAGUUCUGUGGUUGAGAAAAAUCGUGUAUGAUCGAGUCCCCUAUCAUCGCACGCGAGCUGUGUUCGUGUUGUCUGCUUUGUGGCAUGGGUUCUACUCAGGAUACUACAUGGCCUUCGCAACUUGUGCACUAAUGGUUGAAGCAGCGCGAAAGGUUCGUCGAAAAUACAGGCCUCUUUUUCAAGGCUCACAUGUUUCCUCUCGUUUUUAUGACCUCAUGACAUGCGCAGUUACCAUUUUUUCUUUGACAUUUAUUACUGUGCCAUUCGUUGGUUUGGAAGCUAAGUUUGGCUUGGAGUUUUGGCGUUCCAUGUAUUACUAUGGACACGUUUGGUCCAUCGUAGCGUUUCUUCUCGUGAGUGGUGGGAAAUCCGAGACCGUAGGAAAAGAAGACAACAAAACUGAAAAUAUGGAAGUAAGGAAUGAAGAGAAGGACAAGAAACGCAACUCAGCGAAAGAGAAUUUAACAGAGCUCCGUAACAGAGUUAACAAGGAUAUGGAAUCACCAAAUGAACUAUUUUGCAAUGGUACACCAAACAACCUGCUAAAGGAGAACUUAAUCGUAGGGUCGUAGAAGUCAGACAGUAAUAGAAAAGGCAGCAAAGAGCGAAUGAAUGUUAGACAGAAUUUUAUCCAAGGAAUCCUCAAGAGCCUCUCACAGCUCAUUUCUGAAAGAACCCUUCAUAGAGAACCGUAUAUAGAGUUUAAAUUGUAGCCCCGAUUUAAGCAUAUUAUAUGCGCCUCUGCGUUGGAGACUUUACUUUUGUUGAAAUAAAAAGACAGGGCGUAAUAUAGGUUGAACUAGAGUUCCGGCAAAGGCGUUUUAAGAAUCCCCAGUCUUACGCGGGUACUUGUUAUUUCACCAAAUCGACGCUGGAAAAAUUAAUAUACAUGUUAAGAAGACGUUAAUGAGCUUGUGCGCGUGCGCGUGCUUUGGGACUACCUAGGCUAAUAAUAUCGUAAGCAAAUCACGCGCACCUUUUAAUUUUGACGUGCGCGAUUUUUUAGAGUGGAGUGGAAAAGUUUUUAGUUUAUCGAGUAGCAGUUUUGUUUAAUGGUCGUUGUCGUUUACCGUGAGUCUACAGUUUACCGUG